AUGCCAGAGGAGAAGAGCGGCAGUGCCGCAUCGGCACAGGUGCAGGGAGCGGUGCAAAGCAACAACGCCGCUGGGUCCACCUCUCAAAAGACGAAAACCAAAGGAUCUGACAUCUUCACAAGCCUGUCGACAAACGAAGCUGGCGUUCUUGCGCGCGCAUGUUUGCAAGCAGCAACACAACAGCACAAGACCAUUUUAGAGGGCACGCAGCCAGCCACCGGCCAACAACACGACACCUACGCUGAGAGGAUCCGAGCAAUCGCCGGCAAGCAUGGGAUCGAAAACAUCGGCACGCCUUGUGACGAACCUCAAAAGAAAAAUGGAGCACAGCAAUACGUCGCCAACAUGCUGAAGCAGCCCUUCACGGACAACAUCAAGGCCCUGCUUCAGGAUAUCUGCAGUUUGGUGAGCAACAAGAAGCAGAUGCCGUUAGACGACGUGAACAGCUUCCUUGAGAAGCUUGACGAUGUCACGCGCAAAGGGUUGUCCGAAGAACAGCGGCAGUUUCGACGCGAUUUGGAGUCAAGCGUAACCCUCAGCAGCGCUGCCGAAGAGAGGAAGAAGGACGCGGACUCAGCGCACAGAACAGUCUACGCGCAGCCGUUCUCUGCCGAGCUUCUCUGCCCGGACUGGCACAUGCACAACGAGGGGUUUCACAAGGCAAUCAACAAGGGCAUAAGCACAGACUUUGGCUUUCACGUUCCGAAGCGAGAGACGCGGUUCAAUGACAGCAUGAACGUGCCCCUGAUCAAGGCGUGUGCUGACGCAGCAGUGUAUGUCAAGAGCCACGCGUCGUUUGAGGCCGACCCCGCUGUUCAAGCGGACUACGUUGUGCAAAUGGCCUCAAACUACUUCUGCUACCCGUUGUUGCUUGAGCUCAAGACCGAUGACAGCAAGCAGACUCAGGAUGCUGCCAAGGCGCAGGUGCUGGAGUACGCAUCACGGGCCAUCAAGUCUGCGGGGCCGAAGUGGCGUGACUUGAAGGGGUAUUUGUUUCCCUUUGCCAUCACCGUCUGCAACGAUAAGGUGUCCGUGUACGCGUGCACGCUGGGCGACGAGGUGCACGGCCGCGAGGUGUUUCCCAGUGUCCUUUACACAAAACUUGGCAACACCACACUGAGCAGGCUUGGGCAUGUGAUUAAGUGGCUGGUCGACAAAGAGCACAUGGCGCUUUACGAGAAGGUUUCCGCCAUUGCCCAGGGCCGUCUCUCCACCCUUGAGGAGCACCCUAACGAGAAUGGCAGCGACAAGGAAGAAGCAGCCCAGUUAGAGUCCCCGCCGCCGCCGCCGCAGCAGCAGCAGCACGCACAGGCACCAGGCACAAAGACAGCCACAGGCAAAACCAAGCCCAAGCCCAAAACCCCAAGAAAGCAGCAGCAGCGUCAGCGUCAGCGUCAGGAGGCAAAGGGAGACAGGCCCGUGACUCGCAGUGUCUCCAGGGUGUCACAAACACGCGGUACCGGGCGUUCUGAUUCGGGCAAGAAGAAGGCCCGCCCAUCCACAGCACAGCGGCGUCAGCAGGCAGGCCGAAGCAGGAGCCCAACGCCGCCUCAGCGGCAGCGGCAGCGGCAGCAGCAGCAUGCACAGGCAGCAGGUUCCCCCACCACACCAGCAACAGUGCCCAAGCACACCAAGGCAGCCACCAAGACCGACACAGCAGACAGCGGUGAGGAGGAGCAGCGUCAUUGUGCAGAAGCGGAAGCAGCACGGGAAAGGUCUGCCAAAGUUGCCACGAGAUACGAGAUGCGCGUUUACAAAGGCGGCAAGGAGACUGUGUCGGUUGCACUGGUGAACGGCGAGGUGUUGAAGGUGUGCGGCGGCCACGAGAUUGGCGCUGCCAAGGAGGCUAGCAACGAACGGAAGGGCUGGGAACUCGUCUAUCCAGAGGAAACGGUGAAAGUGCACGAGCGGUCACGCCCCGUGUUUGCCUGUCCCGACCUAUCGAAGCGUAUGACGGGCACGGGCAUCAACGGUGAGCCGGCGCUUGAGGACACGGAUGCAGAUACCAAAGGGCACGGGCAUCGGCAGCCAGGAACGCGUCAGCAGGCAGGCCGAAGCAGGAGCCCAACGCCGCCUCAGCGGCAGCGGCAGCGGCAGCAGCAGCAUGCACAGGCAGCAGGUUCCCCCACCACACCAGCAACAGUGCCCAAGCACACCAAGGCAGCCACCAAGACCGACACAGCAGACAGCGGUGAGGAGGAGCAGCGUCAUUGUGCAGAAGCGGAAGCAGCACGGGAAAGGUCUGCCAAAGUUGCCACGAGAUACGAGAUGCGCGUUUACAAAGGCGGCAAGGAGACUGUGUCGGUUGCACUGGUGAACGGCGAGGUGUUGAAGGUGUGCGGCGGCCACGAGAUUGGCGCUGCCAAGGAGGCUAGCAACGAACGGAAGGGCUGGGAACUCGUCUAUCCAGAGGAAACGGUGAAAGUGCACGAGCGGUCACGCCCCGUGUUUGCCUGUCCCGACCUAUCGAAGCGUAUGACGGGCACGGGCAUCAACGGUGAGCCGGCGCUUGAGGACACGGAUGCAGAUACCAAGGGCACGGGCAUCGGCAGCCAGGAAGCGCUUGAGGCCGCGGCUGAACACCUCCUCAUUUUGUCGAAGAACGAUCUGUGUCACUGCGACAUCCGCUCGCACAACAUCCUGCACAACGGCUGCAUCGUCGACUUUGGUUUCCUCAGUGGCCCUAAAGGGAGCCUUCCCGGAUCCUAUUCCACAACGCUGCGGGAGCGCCCUCGGCGUGUGCUGCAUGGCAACGCACAAACCAUAACUCUGGACCUGGUUCUGGACUGGGAAUCGCUGCUGUUUUCGUACGUGUUCUCGCCCGACUCUGUCUCCGAUUCCAUGCUUCAACUGCUGAAGGGCAAGGCGUUCCUGCUGGAGUGGCUUGACGCCAAGCUGGCUAAGCUGGACAAGGACGACGAAAAGACAGCAGCACUGCUGCACAAGAUUAUGAAGCACGUUGCGCGUGCGUACUUCUGA